AUGAAGGUUCCUGAAGGAGACAGGGCUCUCCUCCGAGAUGCGUACUUGGAAAAGAGACCCAUUCAGAAGGCCUGGAAGGUGCUUUACUUGGCCUGGCUGUGGACCCUCCUCGCAUCAGCUUCCUUGCAGCCGCCAACUCCCACAGUCCUUGUGAAGCAGGACACCUGUGAGGUGAUCACCACUCAUCGCUGCUGCAACCAGAACCAGGUUGAGGAGCACUCCCAGACUGUCAGAUGCCCCCGCUUUUCUGGCCAGGUGGCUGGCACCACGCGGGCAAAGCCGUCCUGCGUGGAUGGUGAGCGUGAUCUUAUCAUCCUGCAGAAGUGGUGGUGUCACAUGGAGCCCUGCCUGCCAGGGGAAGACUGUAAGAUGCUCCCAGAUCUGUCAGGAUGGAGCUGCAGCAGUGGACACAGAGUAAAAACCACCAAGGUAUUCAGCAAUGACCACCUCCUCCCGCCCCACUCUUCCCCCUUCACGUGGGGUGGAACCCGGAGGGCCCAGGAGACCCGUGUCCCAGGGUGACAUCCGUGAGCUCUGUGGGCACACCCUCUGGACAGUCUUGACUAGGGGCUGGAGGUAGGGCGUCGGGGUUUGGGAAGGAGAGAAGUAAAGAUGAAAAGGAGGGAUUGAGAAAACUCAUUCAGAAGAACAUCAAAAUAUCAAAGCAUAGCACAAAAUAAUUAGAAGAAAUUGGAUGCCACACCCAAAACAGUUGAUUUUUUUGUCCUUUGUGGAGGAGAUUGAAUGUAGCCCCCC